AUUAUUAUUAUUAUUAUUAUUAUUAUUAUUAUUAUUUUCUUAUCACGUGUUCCUGCAUUAAAUGUUGUAUUUAUAAUUACCACAUACUGGAAUUCUGCUGUUGUUUGUAAAGUAACUCAGAUUGGAAAACACUGUAAAAGUUACAUAGUAAUAAUAAAUGAAUUCGUUUCUGGGGGGUUUUCUUGUUUGUUUUUACAUCAAAAGAAAAAUAAUGAAAAGUUAGUGUUCUAUGUCACAGGAUUCAUGUAAAAAAAAAAAAAAAAAAGUUUUACCAAAAAGAUUAUGUUUCGAAAGCGUUAUUGACUUUUACUGUUCACUGGGAUUCAUUUAUAGAAACGUGUACCUCUUAAAAUGGGCGUGUUCUGAAUUAAAAUGGGCGUGUUCUGAAUUAAAUGGGGGCGUCUUCUGAAUUAAAAGGGGCGUGUUCAUCCUGAAUUCUUUUGAAGAAAUCUGAAAAACGUCAGAAUGAAUGCAGUUUAUUUACGUGACGUUUGAGAAUGAUGAUAACAGGAGAUCUCUAGUGAGAACUGGAGUGACGUUUCCUUCUCCAGCAUUAUAAUCCAACUUCACACUUUUAAUCUUUAAUAAUAAUCUAAACCUGUAUAAAUGUUUCUUUACAACAUGCUUGUGUCUGAUCCCGCCCGGCUCCGGAUUUUACUCCCAUCGGAACACCGGUUUAAUGAGACGAAGGCAACUCAUUUACAUAAACAGCAUCUUAUUAAGGAGAGAACCACCAGAGUGUGUGUUGUGUUUGUUUUCACACUGCAGUAAUUGUUUGGCGAGGUGUGUGUGUGUGUACAUGUGUUGUUGGAUCUCCACUAAUGUUGUUGUUGUUGCAGAAUGACGUCAGUGGAGCGGGUGCGGUGGUGUGACAGUGACGGAGAGUUUCCAGGAGAAAUGGUGAUGUUUAUGCAGUCAGUCGCUCUGAACACUGAUCUCUCCAUGGAGGACAUCGAGCUUCUCCACACUCAGAUCACUGCACUGAGGGAAGAGGUGGCUGAACUACACCACAAAUUAUUAACACACCACCCAAAGGCUGAGCUACAACACCAGCAGGCAGUGUUGUGUCCUGGAAUGAAGACUGAACCGAAUCCUUUCCUAACGGAGCAGCAGGAAUAUCUCACACUGAAACCGGAAUUCUGUUCAACUUCCGAGUGUAAAACUGAACCACAUCACACACACAUCCACCAUGAAGACCUACACACACUCACACGGGUGGAGGACCUGCAUGCUGUUUUUAAAAGUGAACCUGAGCCACUGGAAAUCUCACACACUACACACACACACACUACACACACUGAUGAACACACACUACACACUCGCAGGAACUCGGACAUAAAACAUGUGGCUGAAGAACCGAGUCUGAAGAAGGAAGAACAUGAAGAUAAUUGUUGCAGAAUGACGUCAGUGGAGCGGGUGCAGUGGUGUGACGGUGACGGAGAGUUUCCAGGAGAAAUGGUGAUGUUUAUGCAGUCAGUCGCUCUGAACACUGAUCUCUCCAUGGAGGACAUCGAGCUUCUCCACACUCAGAUCACUGCACUGAGGGAAGAGGUGGCUGAACUACACCACAAAUUAUUAACACACCACCCAAAGGCUGAGCUACAACACCAGCAGGCAGUGUUGUGUCCUGGAAUGAAGACUGAACCGAAUCCUUUCCUAACGGAGCAGCAGGAAUAUCUCACACUGAAACCGGAAUUCUGUUCAACUUCCGAGUGUAAAACUGAACCACAUCACACACACAUCCACCAUGAAGACCUACACACACUCACACGGGUGGAGGACCUGCAUGCUGUUUUUAAAAGUGAACCUGAGCCACUGGAAAUCUCACACACUACACACACACACACUGAUGAACACACACUACACACUCGCAUUAAGAAGUGUUCAGUGCAGCUGGUGGAUUUCAGGAACUUGAACAUCAAACACGCGACCAAAGAACUGAAGAGCCUGAAGAAGGAAGAACAUGAAGAUAAUACAACUGAUGGUUUGAACACUUUUGACCCAGCUGAUACGAGGAGCACAUCUAACAAAACAAGAGCGAAAGAUCUGGAACGUCACACCUCGAAGCUCCUCUGUGAGGAACUCUCGGAGAAGCCGUUCCGCUGCUCUCUCUGUGACAAGAGCUUCACUUUAGAGUUCAAUCUCCUCAAACACCAGAAGCUCCACGCUGGAGAGAAACCGUUCUGCUGCAAAUGCUGCGGGAAAACCUUCACACAGUUGUACAACCUGACAUCUCACCAGAGAACACACACCGGAGAAAAACCCUUCCUGUGCAGCCAGUGUGGAAAACGCUUCUCUCAAGCCUCCAAGCUGAAAACUCACGGCAGAAUCCACACGGGAGAAAAACCCUACGCGUGUCUGACCUGCGAGAAGCGCUUCUCCGAUUCUUCCACGCUUAAUAAGCACCAGAGAACACACACCGGAGAGAAACCGUACAAGUGCAAGAAGUGCGGGAAGAGAUUCGGACAGUCGGCUCACCUCGUGAAGCAUUACAGAACACACAAUCGCAAAUACAAAUGAUUGACACCUCCUCCAAAUCAAUUCACCUCCGCGCCGAGCCAGCUUGCAUAUUAAUCUUUAUCAUGGACAUGUAGCGUUCAAGAUGUGUUUCAUAACGAAACUUCAGGUUCCUGAACGGUUCUCCAGGGUUGCCCUGCUGAUACUGGUGCAGUGGGAUUUAUCCCUCACGCCCUCUCAAUCCGAAGAGCCUGAUGCAGCGGGGCUUUAGUCUGUCCAGCGCUCUCUGUACACAGCUGUCAUACUAAUAUCUCCACCACUUUCACCAGCACCUAAUUUCACUCCCCAGUCCACACAAGAAGACAUUCGUAGAGACUUAUUUUAUUUAGUCAGACGAGCAGAACGAAUGGACGUGAGCGAAGAGUUGGGCACUGAUGGAACUUCCUGUACACGAGUCAAAAAGUCUUUCUGGAGCUUACUCCAGAUCUCUAUAAUGUCAUAAACACCUUCAGAAUGACCUGUUAAAAUCAGAAUCUGUUUAUUUCCUGCAUAUACAGGACAUAAACACACAUGAACCCGACUUUGCAAAUCAAACAUCUAUAGAACAUACUGUAUAAGCGUACUACUUUACGGAUCUCCUCAGUGUAAUGUGUCAAAACUCCAGCCUCAAGAAGCGGAAUACAGCAAUAAAGGACUGGUAAACACGUUGUGUAUUAUGGAGCGCUGUGUAAUUGUAUAUACGUGUAAUUGCCCGAGAUAAUCGGCUUUAUGAUGUUGAGAAAUGAAUUAAACAAGUGUACCAAGCGUCACUGUAGGAAAUGUUAACU